AUGGCCAGCAAGGAAGCCGGGCAGGCAUUCGCGCCGGUCCUGGCGGCUGUCGCGACAAUGCAGGGAAAUGUGUCUAGGUCCGAGAAGACUCAGGCUCACGAAUUCCUUGAGAAGUUCCAGAAAUCGAUUGAGGCUUGGACGACUACCCAUGCUCUGUUACAGGCACCCGAUGUACCCAUCGAGGCCAAGUUGUUCGCGGCAACUACAUUGAAAGGAAAAAUUAUCUUUGAUCUUGAUCAACUACCCCCCGACUCCGUAUUGGCACUGCGAGACUCUGUUUUGAACCUCCUAGUCGCAUUCGCGCCGGGCCCGCGCCCCAUCCAGACCCAGCUAUGCGUUUGUUUGGUCAGUCUGGCGAUUCAGAUGACCGCAUGGAAAGAUGUGCUUGCGACUGUUGGCUCAGCUUUAGGAAACAACGCUGGAGACUGCGUGCUUGAGUUCUUGAAGAUCUUGCCCGAGGAAGUCACUGAGGGGCGCAAGAUCAACCUCAGCGAAGAGGAACUGCUCGAGAGAACUAUGGAACUGCUUGAAGGCAAUGCCGAGCAAGUCUUACAAUUGCUGAUUCAGUAUUCGCAGUCAUCGCGUAAGUCUUGGCCAGCCAUCCUUCACACUUAUGGUGACAGGGGACCGGAAACUGACAUUAAAACAGCCGCGGCUGCAACAAAUCCUCGUCUUAUCGACUGUAUCACUUCGUGGCUCCGUGAGAUCCCUGCGACGAGAAUUGUUGAGUCACCCCUCAUGGAUGUGAUCAUCAAGGCGUUGGACGAUGAUGCUUCCUUCGAUGCCGCUGUCGACUGUGUCUGCACUCUCUACCGUGAUACUAAGGAUGUGGACGAGUCAGUACCUACUAUUCAGGCGCUCUACCCGCGACUCAUGGCUCUUCGGCCUAAGAUUGCCGAGACCGCGGAGGCCGAGGAUCUGGAGGCCUUCAAGGGUAUCACGAGAAUAUUUGCUGAGGCCGGUGAAGCGUGGGUCGUCCUUGUUGCACGUCUGCCAAGCGAGUUCCGAGGCCUCGUCGAGGCUCUCCUCGAAUGCUGCGCGCGCGAUUGGGAGCGCGAUGCGGUGUCUCUUACUUUCAUUUUCUGGUUCGAACUCAAGCAAUAUAUCACCCUGGAGCGUUACAACGAUGCGCGUGUGAGCCUCCUGCCUAUAUUCUCGCAGCUUGUGGACAUCAUGGUCAAGCACCUCGAGUUCCCCAGCCCCGAAGAAGGAGAGACUGAUCUCUUUGCUGGAGAUCGUGAGCAGGAGGAGAAGUUCCGCCAAUUCCGCCACGCCAUGGGCGAUGUUCUUAAGGAUUGCUGUGCUGUUGUGGGCGUCAAUGAUUGCCUUGGUAAGAUUUACCAAUUGAUCCAACAGUGGGUUGCCAAGUAUGCCUCACAAGCCAGUAAUGAACAUGUUCCCCACUGGCAGGAGUUGGAGGCCCCUCUAUUUGGUCUUCGCGCAAUGGGUCGCAUGGUUGAUCCCGAGGAGAACACCAUUCUUGGCCAGUUGAUUCCUCUCAUCGUCCAGAUUCCCGAUCAGGAGAAAGUACGAUUCCAGGCAAUUAUGGCGCUAGCCCGCUACACGGAGUGGACUGCUCUUCAUCCAGAGACGCUGGAAGCGCAGCUCAACUACGUGAUUUCUGGAUUCCACCAUGCCUCUCAAGAAGUUGUGCAAGCCUCCGCUCUGGCCUUCAAAUUCCUGGGCACGGAUUGCCAAAAGCUUCUGGGGGGCCAUAUCGCCCAACUUCACACCUUCUUCGAGUCUGUUCUUGACAAGCUGAAGCCUACUAGUCAGGAAGAAGUCGCUGAAGGUGUUGCGGCGGUGGUUUCGGUCCAGCCCCAAGAGAAGAUUUAUGAAUCUUUCAAGAUGUUCUGCGACCCCAUCAUGGCCCGAAUCAUGAAUCUAGCCAACAGCGCCCAGACCGAAGAAGGCCAGCGAGCUGUGGCUGAUCACUUGCAACUAAUUACUAUAUUUGUGCAAGUGGUGACUCCUAUUGUUCCCCACGGAGAAGAAAAUCCCGCCGUCAAAUACUGUGGAGAGAUUCUUCCCAUCAUGACCACGAUUGUCAUGAACUUUACGUCUUCCACGCCAAUUCUCGAGCGAGUGUGCCGAUGCUGGCGAUACAUGAUAAUUUCUUACCGUACCGGCAUGAUUCCUUUGCUGCCGGCUCUGGCUGAGAGCAUCGCGAACGGCUUCCAGGCGUCGCGUGAGGGUUGUUUCCUGUGGGCCACAGAUGCAGUGGUCCGCGAGUUCUCUGACGGCGCUGAGUAUGUUGAUCAAGCCACCAGCGAUGCUGUGUUCCAAUUCUACGAGCAGCAGGCCAUUGCUUUCUUGCGUAUUCUCAACGAUCUUCCCCCUGAGAGCUUGCCGGACGUCAUCGAAGAUUUCUUCCGUCUGUCCUCCGAUGCUGUUCGAUACUACCCCAAAAAGUGCAUCAGCUCCUCGCUCUCCAUUCCUAUCUUCUCCGCUGCCCUCAGUGCCCUCACCCUUCAACAAGUGGAUCCCCUCAUCGCAACUCUACAUUACUAUCGGGAUCUCUUCGGAUUUGCAUUUGAUAAGCCUAUGGUCUCCGAAUUCACCAGCCCCGAAGGCCAGCCUUACAUCACUCCGCCCGAGGUUCGCGAGGCUGUGAAGGCGUUGGUCAUUUCCCAAGGUCAACCUUUGGCACAACGCGUCUUGACUGGCAUGAUGUUCACCUUCCCUGGUGAUGCCUUUCCCGACGCGUCUGGGAUCAUCAUGACCAUGUUCCAACUUUUCCCUCAGCAAACUGGUGUCUGGCUGCAGAGCACUCUGCAGAUGCUCCCCGCCGGCUCGAUGAAGUCAGGCGAGGCCGAGCGUUUGCUCAAGAAUGUCUCCGACAAAGUUCAAUCUGGCGAGACCCGCAAAAUCCGUGUCCUUCUCCAAGACUUCACCAAUUCGUACCGUCGCCGCAACGUGGCACCCCGGGACGGACUUGGCCGACUGGAGGCCACGCGAUUCCGAUUCAGCGGUUGA